GUCUCCGUCUCCGUCGGUUACUCCAAACACUUGAGGACCAACUCUGACUUUAAUUCUUCUUCAACGUCUCUCUGAGCUGCAGCACUGAAGGUCGGGGAUCAGCUGUUUGGGUCUGAUGGCAGAAUCCGAGAGGACUGAAGCUCCCAGUUGUUCCACUUUAACCACUCGGCAGCUGCAGCAGAACCUGCGGGCGCAGAAGAAGAGAGAGAGACCCGUCAGGCUGCUGUUUGAAAUCCCCACGACUCGAAUCACAGAACAUGUUCUGUCCAAAUAUGUGGUGUAUGACAUCGUGGUGAUGCGCUCCGGCAGCUUUGAUUCCCGCCGUGUGUCGGUUGAGCGCCGCUACAGCGACUUCUCCCGCCUCCACCACGACCUGCUGGGCGAGUUCGGCGACGAGCUGGAGGAGGUCGUUCUGCCGCCAAAGCUCCUGAGUGGGAACUUCUGCGCCGAGGUCAUCUUGAAGCGGCGCCUGGCGCUGCAGGACUACCUGGCGAGGCUCUACGCCACUCGCUGCGCACGCCACGCUCCGCGCUUCGCCCGCUUCUUCACCGAACCCGAGCAGAAACGGGCGCACGCCUUGCUGCGGGCGGGGAAGUUCACGCUCGCCGCGCAGCAACUGCAGACCGUCCUGGAGCUGGAGGAGAAGCUGUUACCGUGGCAACACCCGACGCUGAGCGUGCCCACGCUGGCCGCGCUCGCCGUGUGUCACCGCGACCUGGAGGAGGCGGAGCCGGCUUUCGCGGCGGCGCAGAAAGCGAUGCCGGCGGCCAGGCGGUACGGGCUGAAGCAGUACCAAGCGGCGCUGCUGGAGCUGCUGGUGGACCUGGGGUACCAGCUGGGACGUCCCACCGCCACGCUGCAGCACGAGCUCACGCUGCUACGGGACGCCGAGAGGGGCGCCGUCGUCACGCGCUCGCUGAAGGAGAUAGUUGUCCAGAACUUCACCUGAACUUCACCUGAGAUAGUCCAGAACUUCUCCUGAGAUAGUCCAGAACUUCACCUGAGAUAGUCCAGAACUUCACCCGAGAUAGUCGUCCAGAACUUCACCUGAACUUCACCUGAGAUAGUCCAGAACUUCUCCUGAGAUAGUCCAGAACUUCUCCUGAGAUAGUCCAGAACUUCACCCGAGAUAGUCGUCCAGAACUUCACCUGAGAUAGUUGUCCAGAAUUUCACCUGAGAUAGUCCAGAAUUUCACCUGAGAUAGUCCAGAACUUCACCUGAGAUAGUCAUCCAGAACUUCACCUGAACUUCACCUGAGAUAGUCCAGAACUUCACCUGAGAUAGUCCAGAACUUCACCUGAACUUCACCUGAGAUAGUCCAGAACUUCACCUGAACUUCACCUGAGAUAGUCGUCCAGAACUUCACCUGAGAUAGUCGUCCAGAACUUCUCCUGAGAUAGUCCAGAACUUCACCUGAGAUAGUCCAGAAUUUCACCUGAGAUAGUCGUCCAGAACUUCACCCGAGAUAGUCGUCCAGAAUUUCACCUGAGAUAGUCCACAAUUUCACCUGAGAUAGUCGUCCAGAACUUCACCUGAGAUAGUCGUCCAGAACUUCACCUGAGAUAGUCCAGAACUUCACCUGAGAUAGUCGUCCAGAACUUCUCCUGAGAUAGUUGUCCAGAACUUCACCUGAGAUAGUCCAGAAUUUCACCUGAGAUAGUCCAGAACUUUACCUGAGAUAGUCCAGAAUUUCACCUGAGAUAGUCCAGAACAUCACCAGAUACUUCACCCGAGAUAGUCGUCCAGAACUUCACCUGAGAUAGUCCAGAAUUUCACCUGAGAUAGUUGUCCAGAACUUCACCUGAGAUAGUCCAGAAUUUCACCUGAGAUAGUCCAGAACUUCACCUGAGAUAGUUGUCCAGAACUUCACCUGAGAUAGUCCAGAAUUUCACCUGAGAUAGUCCAGAAUUUCACCUGAGAUAGUCCAGAACUUCACCUGAGAUAGUCGUCCAAAACUUCACCUGAGAUAGUCGUCCAGAAUUUCACCUGAGAUAGUCGUCCAGAACUUCACCUGAGAUAGUCGUCCAGAACUUCAUCUGAGAUAGUCGUCCAGAAUUUCACCUGAGAUAGUCCAGAACUUCACCCGAGAUAGUCGUCCAGAACUUCACCUGAGAUAGUCGUCCAGAACUUCACCUGAGCGCCUGAAGGAGUUAGCAUCAAAGUCAAAGUAUCUUUAUUAGUCUCCCUAAGGAGAAAUUGCUGCACGAGUAACAACAGAGACACACAUCAAACACAGGGUUAAAACAGCUAGAAAACAUCUAGGCUACUCAAAUAGCUGUGCAAAUUACAAAUUACAAUUUUCUAUUUGCAUACCUGGAAACUUGAUAAUGAAAACUUGAAAAACGCCGUUUUGAAUGUGAAAAUGUCAUCCAUGUGAAUCGUGUAGAUCCGAAGAGUUUUUAUUUGG